CUGCAGCUUGUCCACAAAGACUACCAGCCUUGGAAGGACCCGAUGCGAUGGGCUCUUCACCUACCCCUGCUAGCCCUGGACCUGAACAAAACCAUCCACCCUUGGGAAUGCCAUCGGCCGGGACGCCCCACACAGACCCCGCCACUCAGCUUCUCUCCUCCACGGACCUACUCAUUCAGGACAGCCCCGAUUCUUCCAGCCCCGAGGUAACCCCUCUCGGGCCGGCGGAGGACAGCGCCAAGCCGGCGGAGGACAGCGCCAAGCCGGCGAAGAAGGCCAAGAAGCCGAAAGUGCGGACCGUGUUCUCCCAGGCUCAGCUGUGUGUCCUCCACGACAGAUUUCAGAGACAGAAAUACCUCAGUCUGCAACAGAUGCAAGAGCUCUCCGGUAUGCUGAACUUGACCUACAAGCAGGUUAAAACCUGGUUCCAGAACCAAAGAAUGAAAUGCAAGAAGUGGCAGAGGAACAACUGGCCAAACAAUAUGAUUCAGGGCUACCUGGUGAACUCGCCCGAAAACCUUCCCGUGUGGAGCAGCAACCAGAUGGUGUGGGGCAACCAGACCUGGAACAACCCGGCUUGCACCAGCCCAUCUUGGAGCAGCCCCUCCUGGGACAGUCAGAGCUGGUACCCCCAAGCCUGCCACAGCCCCCUCCUCAACUGCGGAGAGGACAUGCUGCAGCCUUGUGCGCAAUUCCCGCAGACUUGUCCAGACGAGUUCGACGGUGUCUUGGAAACUGCUGGGGAAAGCCUGAACACGGUCCAGCCAGGCAUGCACACAGCCCCCAGGCAUCUCGGCACCCCACAGACCCUCGAUCUGCUGCUCAAUUACCCUGUGGACUUGCAGCCUGAUGGCCUAUGA